AUGACCCGCGUUAGACCGUUUGAGUGCCUACGGUGGGCCUCUCGUUCUUUCCGUGGUGUAUUAUCGGUACCGUGUUUGUGGGGACUCUUUUUGUUGCUGGUGACAGUCCUCCUCUGGAGCGCCACAGCGCUUUUGCUCCAAGAACUCUUCCUCAAAACCUUUCCUCGGCCCCUUUUUUCGACUUUUGUGCAAUCUGCUUGCCCCGUUAUCUUUCUAUUAGCCCCUGCUGCCUCUGCGCUACGCAACAGCAACGCCUGGAAGACCAGCGGCAGUGGCACCGGCAUCAGGGCCCCUAUCUGGCAGGUUGUUCUGGCGGGCUUUUUGGCUAAAGAUGCUCAAGUUCUAACUGUAGACAGGUGCCUGCGUCUGCUACAGAAGCGGAAGCAGCAGCAGCAGAACAGGCAUCGCGUUGUGCUCGCUCCAGAAGAGGGGCGGAGACGGCGACGGCGGCUGUUGAAACUCUUUCUCUGCCCUUUCAGACUGCUGCGAUCGAAGGCUUCGAAAGUCCAACGCUUACCACACGGAUUUGCAGAGGCCACGAAGUCGCCUCCUAAAACGCUUCUCAAUCCCCCUCCCCCACGGCAACGCUCUCACCCCGCGGAUUGCACGGAGGCUCCUCUGGCUCUGCAUAGUGGCGUAUGCAGCUCCACCGAACGCGAGGCGGGGGGAGAAGGCGUGGAAUUCUCACUUCUUACUGCGAGUCCCUCUCUUGUGGAGUUGUCGAGUGCGCAUUACUCUAGCACUGCUCAAGCAGCACUACCUGUCUCCGUGAACCGCAGGUCUUGUACAAAUGACACCUCCGGAGGCAGCAGCUGCCACUCCAGCACGGGCUGUACCGACAGUUUCAGUGGCGGCAAGGCGUGCGGCAGCGUUGAGUGGGCUGUGGCCGAAGGCGUCGGUACUGAAACGGAUGAGCUUGAAAGCCUUGCUACGAAGGAACUUCACAUGCGCUUGAGAAGCGUCAAGCGCACGUUGCCUCUGACUGCUCUUUGGCUAAUUGCCCAGGUGUCUUUCGACGCGAGCUUGACGUUACUGAGCAUUACUUCGAACUCCGUGAUUCAGAGUACAUCCGUCUUUUUGUCAUAUUUUCUGGCAGUGGUGUUUCUCAAGCAGCAAACCCGCCGCUCAGUGCUGACGUGGCUGGUGAUUCUCGCCGCAGGUGUGGGGCUCAUCUCUUCCCACGUGCCUACUACACAACAUGUUCCUGCAGGAGAUGUGGGGGUAACGGGGGCAGGAGUGGCAGCCGCAGGAAUGCAAGCCAUGGUAUCAGCCCUUCCUAAGCAGCCCGAUGCUCUUGUGCCUUCCCCCAUACUUAGCAGCGCAGUACAUGCGGUCCAAGUUUUGAACAGUUCUCAAGUUGCGGCUUUAUCAUCCCCUCAAGAAGUAGAAGAGCCUUUGUGGGAGGGCUUGAGUGAUCUCGCGGCAGAGUUUAAUGCAGCCCCUGCCGAUCAUAGUCCUCAGGAAACUUCUGCUGACAGGGAGGCUUUCCAGACGAAUCUGGGAGUCAAUGCAGACACCGUGGAGCCUUCGGUAGCACUUGUCGGUAAUCCCCCAGGUGCCAUUCAUGCAGUGCUGGAAGCUGCUGCUCUGGGUCCAACGGCAGUUGCUGGUCCCCCCGCAGCGGCUCUAGGUGAUCCUGACCAAGCAGCUGCUGCUGAGGAUACACCCGAAGCCGCAGCGAGCGACAGCGCUCUGGGGUACAUGCUUUCUUUCAUGGCGGCUGCCGCCUACGCGCUGCACACGACGGCUCUAAAAGCCCAGGAGAUUUCUGAUCCGGACUUUGACGUGGAGCUCAUCUACGGGAUGAUGGGUCUGUGGGUGUUGGUGGCCUUGCCUGCGUUAACACUGCUGAUUCACGUCUUUCGGGUAGAGCCCUUUAUGUGGCCAAACUUCCUCUCGUGGGUGGUGCUCCUCCUGUGCGGCCUGGUGGGAACCGCCCUUGCAGAUAUCUGCUGGGGGAGGGCCGUCUUUCUUCUGAACCCUGUGGUAGCGACUGCAGCCUCCAAUGUGCAGAUUCCCAUCUCUCUCCUCCUCGACGCGCUUGUUGUCGGCCGUAGCUUUGAUAGCUGGUACUUCAUCGGGAUGACGGCAGUGCUGACUGCUGUUGUGGCCGUGACACUGAUCACGGCAGACAAGCACCAUCACAAGGUGGGGAGUCCUCUCUGGCUGCCGGCCUGCCUGCCUUCAUAUGCCUGCAUGAGCGGCAUGGGCAGGGUUUUAAAUUCUGUAUGUGUUGAAGUAGCAGUGUCAACAUGCAAGGGCAUAUUUUGGGGUAGGAUGCAGAACAGGGCCCUUGAUUUGCAGUGUGCCUCGACAGACGCAGAGCAGAGGGUCUGCUCUUGA